UAUUUAGACACUCCUUCAGUAGUUGAAUGUCGCAAUGUUUAUUGCAGAGGUAGAUACCUCAAACAGGUCAUGGCCAGGUAUAAGAUUCCUUGGCUGGUGGAGUUUGAGCUGUUCAUCCAGCUUUCUGUUUUUCUAGAUCACUCUCCAAGGAUUACCUUGGUGUCAGUUUGCUCAGCAGACCUUUAUGUCUGCACUGCUACUGCCAUCUUGUAGGAGUAUAAUCAUCUAGUCUGCAGUGAGAUAGGAAGAGUUUGGUGUUAAAAACCAACCCUUUGAGUAAAAACAUAAUAAAGAUUUCUUUUUAUUUCAUUUUACAGUGCGUGUCUACGUAACAACUUUGAGAUCUCAAUUUUUUAAUACGUUUCAGUUUCUCUUCUGUAGAAUGGGAAUCACUGUACUUUCCCAUUUCCUAAGCUGAGGAUAAAUUCAUCAAUAUUUACAAAACCCUAAGAUCCUCAGCUGGAAAGAGACAUAGAACUUGAAGUGUAUAAACAAACACAAGCAAAAACCUGGAAUAACAACUUUGUGUUUUGACACUGGACUUUAUUAAUUGCAUUUUGUCUUCCUCAGUAUUGUGAAAUACCUUGCCUGUGACAGAGAUACUCCCUGUGUAGUCUACACAUUCCCCUAUGGCACUUUUACAUGGCAACAUUUUAGAACAUGCAGGAGACUUCACAGCAUUUUAGGGCAAAAAUAACAAGGAGCUUUUUCUGACAAGGAGAUAGAAUAGAGGUCAGGAGACAGGAAUUGUGUAAUAUGUCACAAAACAAACCUCCUGGAAUUACAGAUAUUAAGAAAGAAAAUUAACUACCAAUCCAAAGCUCUUUCCCACUGAGGAAUUAUUUUGGUAAUAUUUAGUGUAUUUGAAAUGCACUGUGUGAAAAACACUCAGUUCCCUUUGCCUGAGCUCAAUGCUUUUGAUACGUUUACUGGAAGUGCAGUCACUGUGUUUCAAUGAGAUUUCCAAGCACACCUCGGUCUCUUAAAUCCUGGUGAGGAGUUCUUAGCUUGAUGGGAUUUCCAAGCUUUAUCUAAAGAAUAUGUUACUAUUGUUUCCCAAGAGGUAGAACUAGCAAUUACUUCUGCUUGGGAAGCAGCUCUAAAACUUGCAUUUCAGGUACUGAUUAAAUAUUUUAGGGAUGAAAAAGAUAUGCUGUGAUCCAGCCUUUCUGUAACUCUACAUCAGUCCCCAUCAGGUCUUCUGCAGAAGCAUCAUGCUGGCAGAUUAUUUUUCAAGCAACGUUCUCUCCUGACAUCUGAGACUGCAGAAAUCAAAACCUUUUUUUUUUUUUUUUUUUUUCCAGUAGCAAAAGAGAAGCAUAGAAGAAUAUGUACCAGAAGCUAUUUAGUUUUGAUUUUUAGGUAUUUCCUGGUCUUUGACCUAAAAAUACUCCUUGUCAUUGUAUAGAAGUGAAGAGGGCUUUUUGCUCACAGUUGCAAUUAGCUGUUACAAUUAUUAGAAAAUAUUGGGAAGUCUUGUGGAUAGACAUCUGGGGGACAAUGGUGACAUCUUCACUGUUACAGGUGCCUCGGUGGAGCGAUACUCCUGUGAGGAUAUGCCCCGAUACUCAGUUCAGGAACCCUGUAACUAGUGUCGCUUUACUCUUAAGAUAACCCUUGAUACAUUCUAAAGGUCACAAGAAAAGAUCUUGCUGAAAAUUAAAGGCUUGUUUUUGAGAUGUCUUAAAAGGGAGGGAAGGAAGAAGUGAAGGCUGAAAGUGCCCUUAGAACUGCACUUUACCAGAAAUUGAGGCAAUCAUUAGCUUUCCCAGCUCCAGGCCUAGCUGAGCUACAAAUAUACUAGCUUCCCUGCCAGAGACUUACAUCACGACCACGGAAGUUAACUAAAACCUUUUCCAUUCUGUAAUUUAAAAACAGCUUAAUAGAGAACAUUUCGUCUUAAAAGGGUGGUUUCUUCCCCAUAGCAGCAACGAACAUGGAAAAUAUGACCUGAGCCCAGUUUAGUCUUGACUUGCUUAUUCCUGACUCUUCCAAAGAGAUCAUUUCACAGGCACUAAGCUGUGACCCUUUAAAUGAGUUCGUUUUGAUUCCUUAAAUAGACAGGUGUCCACAGAGCACACAAAUUGUCUCUUCUUGUCUAGUUUCCCAGAAGAAUUUAUCAUUGAACGAAGCCCGAAGUGCACUCGCCCUACAAGGACAGCAAGAUGUGUUUUCAGUAGGACUGGUUCAAAGAAAACAUAUCACAAGAAUAUCAACUUCUUAUGGUGUUUCCCUAAAAAAAGUUUGCAAAUCUUUGAACCACUUCAAUUUUAAAGCCUGUCCAGAAAGUGCUCUGAUCUUGUGGCCCACAUAGCAUGAGCAUGAGCCCAUAGAAGAAAAUCACUGAAAUAGAGGGGCAAGAUUGGGAAGGAUGUACAAAAAUCACAGACAAAGUCUGCAGUGAGAUGUCAUGCUUUUGUACAUUUUUCUGUGUAUUGAUCACUGCUACCUUGGUCUUUUUAUUGUUAUUAAUUUAUUUGACUUUGAGACACGUGCCUUUAUGCGUCUCAGGUUCCGCGUCAAACCCAUCUCCUGAUUUUCCCUUUGCUUGUCCCUUAUCUCACACACCUAGCCUCUCACUGUCAGAGGCUUAGAUGGAAUUAAGAGCUUAGUCACAAAAGGCAACUUGGGAAAGAUGAAAAAAGCUAAUGUGGGAUGGGAGAAAAUCAAGUCCUUGUUGUAGCAUACCUGUCUUUCCUGGAAAUCCUCUGGUUUAUGGGUAGCUUUUGUCUUGCAGCAAGACCUGUAGCCUCUCUGACUUCUCCCUGCAAGGAGAGGCUCCCGCAGAGCACCCAGUACCCAGCACCCAGGUGACCUGAGCUGCUUUAUCUGUGUAGCACCUCUUCGGCCUCCGCUUAGCCUGAAAACCUUUGGCUCUCUCUGCCGGUUAUUGCACAGUUCCAGAUUAAAAGACUCAUAGCAAUAACUGAUUUUUGUUAGAAUUUCACGGCUGCCAACACUAACAGUGAAGGGAAUUUUGCCUUCUCAGGUGCUGCACUCGCAUGCCCUUUUCAUAAAUAGGUGGUUAGUCAGCCAGAGAGGGUACAAGUGCUCCGCCCGCCAAAACGUGUUAUUCCUCAGCUCCCUGCAUUUUUUAUUCCAUCACUUCAAAGUGCAAAUAGUGAGGGAAGCCUCAGCCACCUGUACGUUGUGGUGUCAACACCACAGCCCCCCCCCCCCCAGCCCCGCUGCCUCCCCACUCCAUGCGGGUGCACCCUGGCCACCUCACCCCUCUAAAAAGCCGAAUUUAGCGCAGAAAGAAAGGCAGAGGGGAGCAGCGGCUUUCCGCAGCCUGCGCAGGGCGCCGCUACCUGCCGCGCUGGGCGCCGGGCCCCCGGGCAGCCCCGCGGGGGGGCGCCGGGCCGAACCGUCGGGCGAAGCGCUUGGCUUCCCCGGGCAGGGCCGUGCCGUGCCGCCGGCCCCACCUCACCCCACCCAGGGCUCCCAUUGGCCCCGAUGAAAGUCCAGCGAGGCUCCCGGCUGCUAUAAACGUGCAUCCGUGCGGCGGGGCCCGCCGCGGCGCUAUGGCAGGCGGCGGCAUCUGCCUCCGGCACCCCGCCCGCACCUGCGGCCGCGCCGCCAUGGGCCCCGCCGCCCCCGCGCAGCGCCUCGCCUCCUCCCUCCGCGCCCUGCGGAGCCGCGGGCACCCCCUGGCCGCGCUGCCCGGCCCCCCGCGCUGGCCGCUGAUGGGCAGCCUGCCCGACGUGCUCUGGAAGGGGGGGCUCAAGCGGCAGCACGAGACGCUGGCUGAGUACCACAGGAGGUUUGGCAAGAUAUUCCGCAUGAAGCUGGGGGCUUUCGACUCGGUGCACAUCGCAGCCCCCUGCCUCCUGGAAGCCCUGUACCGCCGGGAGAGCGCCUGCCCUCAGCGCCUGGAGAUCAAGCCCUGGAAAGCCUAUCGGGACUAUCGCAACGAGGGCUACGGGCUGCUGAUCCUGGAAGGAAAGGACUGGCAGAGGGUGAGAAGUGCCUUUCAAAAGAAACUAAUGAAACCCCGGGAAGUUGUGAAACUGGAUACCACCAUCAAUGAGGUCCUGGAGGACUUCAUGCACAGAAUAGAUGAUGUUUGUAAUCACAAUGGGCAAAUGGAAGACGUCUAUUCAGAAUUCAACAAAUGGUCCUUUGAAAGUAUCUGCCUGAUGCUGUAUGGAAAGAGGUUUGGUCUCCUACAGCAGGAUGUUGAAGAAGAAAGUUUGAACUUCAUCAAAGCUGUAAAAAUGAUGAUGUCUACUUUUGGAAUGAUGAUGGUGACCCCUGUGGAACUUCACAAGGGUCUGAACACAAAAGUCUGGCAAGCUCAUACUAAAGCAUGGGAUGACAUAUUUAAAACAGCCAAGCACUCAAUUGACUGUCGGCUGGAAAAACACUCUGCAAACCCUCAGGAGGAUUUCCUGUGUGACAUCUAUGCUGGAGGACAACUUUCCAGGAAGGAGCUGUACGCUGCCAUCGCAGAGCUCCAGAUUGCAGGAGUUGAAACGACAGCCAACAGUUUACUGUGGGCUUUGUAUAACAUUUCGCGCAAUCCACAUGUUCAGCAGAAGCUUUACCAGGAAAUACAGAGUGUUUUGGCUGCUAAUGAGAGUCCAAGUGCUGAGAACUUGACGAAUAUGCCUUACGUAAAAGCAUGUCUGAAAGAAUCUAUGAGAUUAACACCAUCAGUGCCAUUUACUACUCGCACCAUCCACACAGAAAUGGUUCUGGGAGAUUACGUAUUGCCCAAAGGGACUGUACUAAUGAUAAAUAGCCAUGCCCUGGGUUGCAAUGAAGAGUACUUUAAUGGCUGGACUCAGUUUAAACCAGAGCGCUGGUUUCAGAAGGACUUAAUAAAUCCAUUUUCUCACGUUCCUUUUGGCAUUGGGAAGAGGAUGUGCAUCGGACGCCGCAUAGCAGAGCUGCAGCUUCACUUGGCCCUUUGCUGGCUCAUUCGCAAAUACCAAAUUGUAGCAACUGACAACAAACCAGUAGAAACACUCCAUUCGGGAAUACUGAUUCCUAGUCGGGAGCUUCCCAUUGCAUUUCACAGACGAUAAGGUACGUGCAGAAGGUUCUCCCGAGUACAUGAGAUUUUUCUUUGAACCUCAUUUAGAAAUUUUCAUAAAACUGUGAGUGUAAAGGAACAGGUGCUUUUCUAAGCUUUAUUCUCACAAUGUGAGAUAUAUUAAGUGCCAUCAUGUUUGAUUACUUUUAACAGAAAGACUCCAUGUACUAAGAAGACAAGUUUUGUGCAGCUUAUGGCUAUGAAGUUAGCUGUCUAGUUUUAAACUCCAAGAGAGGUGUCUUCUGGGUAUGAUGCGGACCAGAAAUGGGGAAAUCAAAAUGUAUAUACUGUUGGAGAAAAUAGUAGCCAUUAUUUUAUUAUAACUUCUCCACUGCAUUUCUAGAAGAUAUUUCCUGAAAGAUAGCAUUUGAUUUUGAGCAUCACUGUACAGAUUAAAAAGAAAAUGCCCUAGUGAAGGACCAUUACACCAGUUUGCACCAGUACACCAGCACUACAGAGUUUAGAUAAGAAAACUCAGUUUUAGGCAGAAGGACAAAGAAAAGAACUAUCUAUUUGUAAAUACUCAUGCAAUGCUGCAACUUACUAUACAUUUUUGGUUCAUAAAAAAGAAUGUAAGAUUUUCUUUGCUCCCAGGUUUAUAAAAAUAAGCUAACAAAAAAAGCUUAUUUGUAUAAGAAUCUAAAUUGGAAAACUGGUUAUUUGACCUAGAACUAAGUCCUCAAGUUAGAAGUCAAGUGACAUUUAAAUACAGUGGGAGAUAUUUUUUUGCUGGCCAACAUCACAGUAAAAAAAUCACCCAAUAUAAUCUGAGUAAGGGUAGUAACUCCUUUAACUGAAAUUUAGUCAGUGCUAUUUGCUUUUAAAUAAUCAUCAUUAUAUGGAUUCUUUUUCUCUUUAAUCCACCUUGCAGAAAAUAAAUGACAAACCUGCUGCUGCCUCCUCGGAAAAAAUAUACAUCGACUGGGAAAGUCAAAGCCUAUGGUAACCAGCGGAUAAAUGGCAACACCUGUCCCUUGAACAAUUGCUGAGCCAGAAGAAGUACCAAGGAAAUCUUCCAUACUGUUUUAUUGGGAAAAUGUGGUUAGUUAGUUCAGCUGGACUUAGCAAUGUUAAAGGGAUAGAAAAAUACCAUUCACGUUCAUAUACCUAUGCAAAUACACUGAUUUAAUGCAGCUGGGGGACUGUACAGGAUAGAGCUUGAUAAUGAGCUGUGGCGUGUUAUGUACAUACAGUUCUUGUUGGUGUACACUGAAAUUAUUAUAGCCUCAAGCUGUUCAACAGGCUAGCUUGGAAAGAGCUGGUUUCCAGUUUGUGGGUGUCAUAUAGGACACCUGGGGGAACAACUGUCACAACUGAACUGGCCAUGUUAGCUCAGAGUUGAAGAGCUUUGAGAAGUCACUUCAGGGAAAAGAAACUCACUUAACAAAUUAUCAACAUUGUGAAUUAAACCGAAGUAAGAUAGCAGCCUGUAAUAAGGCUAGCAACAGGGCUUAAAAAUUAGGAUAAUUUAAAAAGUUUACUUUCCCUAAUGUUAUUCACUUCCUUAACAAAAGGGAAAUAAGGGAAAAGGUAUGUAUACAUCAGGAUUUAUUCCUUAUGCUUGCACAGUGCUUCAGUUUGAAAUGUUGCAGUACUGUGCCUGCCACAUACUCUGCUCAUACCCAGCGUCUCAUGCCUCCAACUCCUACACAAGCCAUUUUAUCGCACCUUUAUUGUAAAACCUUAGUGGUCUUUUAUUGCAUGAAAGGCCUUAUCCAUAAAUGGAAUCACUGGAAUCCUAUGGGUUCUGUCACUAUUAAAUGAUGAUUAUCCUAACAGGAUAGUUACUUCAUCAGAUGAGAAAUACAGAAUGUAUGUUUCAAAGAACCACAGGAAAUAAGGAUCCUAAACAUUUCAAAUAGGUCUAUUUCUUGUGGAGAUUUCAGUUUCUGUGUCUAAAGUUGUCACUACCCUGCAUGUAAUACUGUAUGUUAGCUGUUAUGGUCACUAGUGUAUUUUCCCCAUAAUGCAGUUUCAAGUACAGGUUUAAAUAUAUAAUCAUGAAUGGUUACUUUUAAUUUUUUACAUUCUGAAAUGAUACAAGUUCUUAGCAUUUCUUGGUCUGUUUCCUGCAGGUUUUUUUGUUUGUUUUCCUUUGUUAUACUCAAGACAUGUAAAUGUAGCCAUAUUACAAUGUGUAAAGCAAUUUGUGCAUUAUCUGCGUCUUUCUAGUCAGUUUGAUAAUAGUCAAUUUUGUAAUAAAAUAAAGAUUUCUAUUUUUUUUCUAUAAACAGUUUUUCAUAGUUUAUUAUAAAGUCUCUGUAGCAUUACAAAAAUCUUGUCAUUCAUCGUAACUUCUUGCAAAGUGUUGCUGUGAUACUCCCAUCCCUCUGCUUAAUAGCCUCAACGGGCUGGAACUUGAAAUUCUACAAAAUCAAGUUACUUUAAUUCAACAGUGAAAACCUUCUGCUUUAUGCUACCCCCAAAAUGCUUGGUUGUGCUGUAAUGACACACUAGUUCGCAAAGCCCAGCUCCUGGUGGGAGGGUACGGUGGGCGCUGCUGCGGCCAGGCAGAUCCCAGGUUAGCAAGUCCAGGGGAGUUAAACCCUGCAGCACAGGGCUUUGAUGCCAAACUCCUUUUGUGCCAUUAAUCUUGCCAUUCCUUCAAUCCAGGCUAGCCUAGUAUUCAGGAAUGUGUUAAAUCCGUGCCUACAGCCCUACUUUCCCUCUGUAUAAUCCUAUGAGACCUCAGUGAAUACUAAUGUUAGGAGACUUUCUGCAUCCAUAAUGCAGUCUGAACGUGUUUCUCCCCGGCAUGCACAGUACUGAGGUCCCCAGGGAUGGGAUUGUUACAUUGCUCUGCCAUUAUGACAAGAUAAAAAUCAAUAUAAAGUUUUGAGGAGGGAUGAAAAUAGUCUGAGCCUUUGCAGGAUCAAAAGAAAUGCUGUAUAUAAAAAGAAUGCCAUCCACCCAGCACUGUGACUGACAGCCUGAUGGUUGCGCAAAGAGCAAAUCUGACAGUUAUCAAAACCAUGCUGUCCUUGCCAAGUGAAGGCUGCCUCCGGCUGAGCGAACGAUGGUGUAAGAAAAAUCGUACAGCGCUGUGUGAGAAUGUCACUUUUCUGAAAAUCAUAUUGUAACGUGCACUUCAGAGCGACUGUAGCUUGUGCUGCUGAAACUAAUCUGACAGCUGGGAGCGCUGGGUCCCAGAGCCCAGGGCGGGUGGGCUGGGAGACCCUCGGAGCUCACCCAAUAUCCGGGGAGCUUGGGCCGUUUGUGCUAAAGUGCAAGACUGUGGGGAGAUCUACUCAAGCUGCUACAACAAUAAUACACCCUAAGUCUCUCCUUAUAGUCUAAUAAACUAAUAUUACUCCAUCAGAGACAAUGAAGUUGUGCCAACAUGAAGCAAGCUCUAAUAGAAAGUCAGGACUAUUGUCCAACUCCACGUGUAUCACAUUGCUCACAAAUGUUCUGACAGUUUAUCUUUUAAAGACAACCAAAGAGAAGAGGUGCUAUGUAGCUGAACUGACCUUGACAGCCUAGUUAUCAGCUGUUUCGAAAUCUUUUAUUGCUUCUGUAUAGUAAAUCACAGGUUCAUGCUUACUGGGCUGCUUAUUUUUGCUAUUUAAAUUCAGUGGACUCAUGCUUACUGGGCUGCUUAUUUUCGCUAUUUAAAUUCAGUGGACUCAUGCUUACUGGGCUGCUUAUUUUUGCUAUUUAAAUUCAGUGGACUCAAAGAUGUUGCUCUAACUAAGGUUUGGACCAACUCUGUACAAGCUGAGGUACAACUGUGUGCUGCCUUCUGGAUUUCUAAAAGUACAAUAACCACUGACCUGGAAAAUUUUGUUCCGGAAGCUUUGUAGAUUGUCAAGUCCUGAAGUUUUCAAAGAACUUCGUUAAUCUGCUACCCCAAAGUAAAUGUCCAAAGCAGUUAUCAAACUACACAGAUAAUGAAUGACCAAGCCAGACUUUCACAUUAAGAAACCCGUAUGGCUUUUUUUUUCUGGUAUUUCAUUCAGAAGUACAAAAGCCAGCACGAUGCUUCUGAGAUUAAUAAAUCUCUAUGAACUCUUUUGCCUGUGGUCAGCUGGAUAACCUCAGUUCUUCGCUGCUUUGAAAUGAUUUGCUCAUUCAGAAUUACUUAUUGGAAAGAAAAGACAACACUUCUUCCCUGUUAUCGUUUCCUACAGUUACUCCUCAGAGGAAGAUGGUUGGAUCGUAAAAUGAAUGGAAUUAAUUGGCCUCCACGUUAACUUUCUCAAUAAGGAAGUGAACAAGGUUUACCUACCCAAUGGGAAGUUAAUUCUGUUCAGGCUUUAGGCAUGUCAGUGGGAAUGAUAUAGACAAAGUUGGAGCCAACUAAUCUGUGCUUUUUUUUAUGAAUAAAGAAUGCCAGUUUUCAGGACUGACAAUCUGGCAUUUUUCAUAUAUGUUCUGUUCAUUAUAAGCUGGUUGUUAUACAGUAAGCUCUGAGUCAGUCUCUGCAUACACCUUUUGGUGCUGUGAUUAGAUGACAGAUAAUUUGUUCUAGUUUGUCUUCUUCCAUACUGAGAAGGAUCUUUGUUCUCAACCAGGAGAAUUCAUUUCUGUGUCAAUGCUGACUUUAACUGAUGGGGCAAAAUAACCCAAGCUCCACAAAAUGAAUCCUGCAAAACGUUCAUAGCUAAAGAUCAUUUCAGAACAACUUUCAGGAGAACAACUCAGCAUGUGCUUAAUUUUAAAUAUGUGAAACUUUGUAUUGACCUCAGUGGGACUGCAUGUGUAUGUGUGAGUUUCUUAAUGCAUUAUCACAUUUUAUAAAAGGAGAAAGUUUAACAAUUUGCAGCAUGUCACUUGUGGCACACAUAUUCAAAAUUCCUGUAAGGUUUGUAGCUUUAGAAGAAAAAGCUGCCUUUUUACUUCAGCUAAUUGAAACAAAGGGACCAUUGAGGUGGAAACUACAAACAGUCUCAUUAAUCUCUUACCCUGGAUGUGUGUGUUGUGCUGAUAACUUGUGGAUUGAUGUACCAUAGUGUGGGUGGAUGCAUUCAAAUAUUUUUUUAAUGUGUCCUUCCAGGCAUGGCUUGGGAAAAAGUAUGAAUAUUAUAUUACGAAACUGAGAAUUGUGUUUAUUCACUUACAUUUAUCCUUGGGUAUUUCUGAGUAUCAGCUUUCAAGGGAGUGAAAAAGAAGGAGAUGCUGAAUUGGUUUGUCACAGAAACAGCACGAGUCCUGACCAUCCUGCCAAUACUGCUGACUCUCCGCUCUCUCUUACUGCAGCUCAGGGCUGCAGCCCCACUGCCUUAAACCCUUUUGUACAGUGAGGUAUUAAAAAAAAAUCAGGAAUACAUUUGUUGACAGUGAGAAAUAUAAACUAACAUGAAACUGGUAUCAGCCACUACAGAAUCGGUCCAAUUCUUUGGGCAGGGAAGUGUAAGGGGUAUGGCUGGAGACCACGCUUGGAUCUGGUUCAGCGUUACAGUGUACUUUUUUUCCAAGACAGCCCAACUCUUUGUGUGGAUAUUACUGUUCACUUCUUUCUUGUCUGUUUAUACAGAAGUGCAUUGACACCGCAUACAAUACCUAUCUGGACCUCACCUAUAUUCCUAUAUCCUUCUUUGCUAGCAGAGGAAGGACUACAUUGACUUUCAGCUCUUGUCGAUAGUUUUUGCCUCAGCUGUAAGAUCAGUAGCCUGUGGCUUUGGAACAACAUAAAAAGCUAAAGUUAAGCUGUAAUGUUUGGAUCCAGAAGGAGAUUUAGACAU